GGCGGGUUGCUGCGGCCACUUUGCCGUGUCGCCGCCGCCAGUGGCGAGAUGGAGGGGUCGGGCCUGGGCUCGCAGUGCAGGAAUCACGGCCAUGGCCCCCACCCUCCAGGAUUUGGUCGACAUGGAAUCUGUGCAUCUGAAAGCAAAGAACUUGCCAAAGCGAGAGAAGCUCUUCCUCUUAUAGAGGACUCUAGUAACUGUGACAUUGUAAAAGCUACCCAAUACGGGAUUUUUGAACGUUGUAAAGAGUUGGUAGAAGCAGGAUAUGAUGUCAGGCAACCCGACAAAGAAAAUGUGUCGCUUCUUCAUUGGGCUGCUAUUAACAACAGGCUGGAUCUUGUAAAGUUUUAUAUUUCAAAAGGUGCUGUAGUAGAUCAGUUGGGUGGAGAUUUAAAUUCGACUCCUCUUCACUGGGCCAUCAGACAAGGACAUUUGCCUAUGGUCAUAUUAUUACUACAGUAUGGAGCAGACCCCACUCUCAUUGAUGGGGAGGGCUUCAGCAGCAUCCACCUGGCAGUAUUAUUUCAACACAUGCCCAUUAUAGCCUAUCUCAUCUCCAAAGGACAGAGUGUGAAUAUGACAGAUUUAAAUGGGCAGACACCUCUCAUGUUAUCAGCUAACAAAGUACUUGGGCCAGAACCAACUGGAUUUCUUUUAAAGUUUAAUCCUUCUCUCAAUGUGGUUGAUAAAAUACACCAAAACACUCCACUCCACUGGGCGGUUGCAGCAGGAAAUGUUAAUGCAGUCGAUAAACUUUUGGAAGCUGGUUCUAGCCUGGAUAUCCGAAAUGUUAAGGGUGAAACACCUCUUGAUAUGGCUCUGCAAAACAAAAAUCGCCUCAUUAUUCACAUGCUAAAAACAGAAGCCAAAAUGAGAGCCAACAAGAAGUUCAGACUUUGGAGGUGGCUGCAGAAAUGCGAGCUCUUCCUGCUGCUGAUGCUUUCUGUGAUUACCAUGUGGGCUGUUGGAUACAUACUGGACUUCAAUUCAGAUUCUUGGCUUUUAAAAGGAUGUCUUCUAUUAACAUUGUUUUUUCUGACAUCUUUGUUUCCAAGGUUCUUGGUCGGGUAUAAGAGCCUCUUAUACUUACCAGCGGUCUUCCUGCUAAGUUCCAUUUUUUGGAUAUUUGUGACUUGGUUCAUCUUAUUCUUUCCUCAUCUAGCAGGCACCCCUUUCUAUUUUGCUUUCCUUCUCAGCAUAAUAGGCUUCCUCUACUUUUUCUAUAAGACUUGGGCAACAGAUCCAGGCUUCACCAAAGCUUCUGAAGAAGAAAGGAAAAUGAAUAUCAUCACCCUUGCAGAGACUGGCUGUCUGGACUUCAGAACAUUUUGUACAUCCUGUCUUAUAAGGAAGCCAUUAAGGUCACUUCAUUGCCACGUGUGUAACUCCUGUGUCGCUCGAUAUGAUCAGCAUUGUCUGUGGACUGGACGGUGCAUAGGUUUUGGCAACCAUCGCUAUUACAUAUUCUUCUUAUUUUUCCUUUCCAUCGUUUGUGAUUGGAUUAUAUAUGAAUCUUUCAUCUAUUGGUCAAAUCAUUGUGCCACAACAUUCAGAGAAGAUGGACUAUGGACCUACCUCAAUCAGAUUGUGGCCUGUUCCCCUUGGAUUUUAUAUAUCUUCAUGCUGGCAGCUUUCCAUUUCUCUUGGUCAACAUUUUUAUUAUUAAAUCAACUCUUUCAGAUUGCUUUUCUGGGCCUGACCUCCCACGAAAGAACCAGCCUGCUGAAGCAGAGCAGGCAUAUGAAACAGACAUUGUCCCUCAGGAGGACCCCAUACAACCUUGGGCUCACACAGAACCUCGCAGAUUUCUUUCAGUGUGGCUGCUUCGGCUUGGUGAAGCCCUGUGCCGUGGAUUGGACGUCACAAUACACCAUGGUCUUCCACCCAGCGAAGGAGAAGGUCCUUCGCUCCGUAUGAAGAAAAGCAACCCCAGACUCUCCCUCUGACCUGCUUGCGUUUAUGUUGAUGCCCUGUGGUCUGCAAGUGAAGUGAACAUUCAGAGUUCACCUAAGCCCAAAGGAAAAUGCAGGUGGUUUUUAAAGCUAUUUGGUAAAAACAAGUUCUCAAUAAAGGCAUUACAGUUUUAGAUUUAGCAAGAUGGACUGUUCCUGAACAAUCUUGCCAGACAUCUAAAGAAACUUAUAUUUUUCACAAGAAAAUACAAGUUACAUUUUUUUUGGAGAUAAUAUUCACUAAUUAUGGAUAAAAUGUGGUAUUUUCAAAUAGUUUAUUGGUUUCAAAAUAGUACUAUUCUUUAAACUUGUAAUUUUUGAUAAAUUAUUUGUGUUUGUUUUAUCUAUAAAUAUGUAAAAAAUAUUUAAAUAGAUGUAUCUGUUUUGCUUUCACACUUAAUAAAUUUUUUUUUUGUAGUUGAGA